AAGGGCAACGCCAGGCGGCCGCCUCCGCCCGGGCCAGGCGCCGAGGGUGCGGGCGGGCCUCCGCUGAGCUCGCGGGCCGCGCGGACUCGGCGGCCUCUGCCCCCGCACGUGCUCCAGGGAGAACGGCGCUCGCCGCGGCGGCUGCGUGAGGGCGGGCGGGUCUUUGAGAAUCGCCUUUCUUCUCCACCCUUGCCCUCCCGGCUGCCGGGCGCGGGGCCAUGUUUCUCGGCGCCCGCGCGGGGUGGCCGCGCCUCCGCCAGACCCGGGCCUCGGGUUCGAGAACUUGUCCUGGAUAAUUGCAAAUCAAAUGAUGGGAAAAUUGAGGGCUUAACAGCUGAAUUUGUGAACUUAGAGUUCCUCAGUUUAAUAAAUGUAGGCUUGAUUUCAGUUUCAAAUCUCCCCAAACUACCUAAAUUGAAAAAGCUUGAGCUCAGUGACAAUAGAAUCUUUGGAGGUCUGGAUAUGUUAGCAGAAAAACUUCCAAAUCUUACACAUCUAAACUUAAGUGGAAAUAAACUGAAAGAUAUCAGCACCUUGGAACCUUUGAAAAAGUUGGAAUAUCUGAAAAGCCUGGAUCUGUUUAACUGUGAGGUUACUAACCUGAAUGACUACCGAGAGAGUGUCUUCAAGCUCCUGCCCCAGCUGACCUACCUGGAUGGCUAUGAUCGAGAGGAUCGGGAAGCCCCUGACUCAGAUGCCGAGGUGGAUGGUGUGGAUGAAGAAGAGGAGGAUGAAGAAGGAGAAGAUGAGGAGGACGAGGAGGAUGAGGAUGGUGAGGAGGAAGAGUUUGAUGAUGAAGAGGAUGAAGAUGAAGACGAAGAUGUAGAAGGGGAAGAAGAUGAAGACGAAGUCAGUGGGGAGGAAGAAGAAUUUGGACACGACGGAGAAGUUGAUGAAGAUGAAGACGAUGAGGAUGAAGACGAGGAUGAAGAGGAGGAAGAAAGUGGGAAAGGUGAAAAGAGGAAGAGAGAAACAGACGAUGAAGGAGAAGAUGAUUAAGACCCCAAAUAACUUGCAAAGAAAGAACUGUUCAGUAUUGGUUGGACUGCUCAUAUGGAUUUGGUAGCUGUUUAAAAAAAAAAAAAAGUAGCUGUGAUACAAACCCCAGGACACCCACCCACCCAAAGAGCCAAAGAAUAGUUCCUGUGACAUUCCACCUUCCUCCAUUUAGCCCCUCUUGGAAAUUCACCACCAAGCUUGGGGACUUCACCCCAACAAAAUUGUAAGCAUUGUUAGGUUUUCGUGUCAGACUUGCUGUAGCGUGGAGAGUUGUGAUUGGUGAGCCGGUCAUCUGUGGCUACCAGUUACAUCAAGACUGUAACAGCAUUUUUACUUUCUGUACAACAAAGAAGCUUUGUAAAUAAAAUCUUAACAUUUUGGGUC